AUGUCCUCUCAGGUUCACGUCGUCGUCGUCGGGGCGUCUUUCGCCGGUAUUCCGAUUGCUCAUUCUCUUCUGAAAGAUAUUCCAAAUGUCAAAGUCACCCUGAUCAAUCCAUCGCCAACCUUCUACUUUACGAUUGCUGCCCCCCGACUUCUCGCCAAGCGAGAUGCCUUCAAACCCGAACAAUACCUUCUUCCAAUCGAAAAGGAGUUCAGCCGGUACCCAACGAAAUCAUUCGAAUUCGUCCAAGGCCGUGCUUCAGCAAUCGAUGUCUCAUCAAAAACAGUCUCUCUUGAUACCACCAGGAACAUCCACUUUGAUUACCUUGUAAUUGCAUCAGGAAGCACAACUGCCUCCACCAGCCAGAAAAGCGCCAUUCCCAUCCCAUUCAAGCAGUCCAACUCGGAUGACAUGAAGACCGUUAUUCACAACGCACAAGACUCCAUCGCUAUGGCCGAAAGCAUUGUCAUUGCCGGUGCCGGGCCCAUCGGGGUUGAACUUGCAGGGGAAAUAGCAGAGUCCGCUCGACAGAGCGGCAGAAGAGUUAAGAUUACUCUUGUGUCGGCCUCUUAUCGCAUCCUGCCUAUGCUGAAGCCCGCCGGCAGCGCUGCGGCCGAGAAGCUUCUUACCGGUCUGGGAGUUGAAAUCGUGAAAAAUCAGAAAGUCGCCGGAGCCGUGCAAAGCAAAGAAUCCCACUCGUGGACAGUGACGCUUGAUGAGGGACGAAAAUUGGAUGUCGACUUGUACAUCCCCACAACUGGUGUCUUGCCAAACAACGAUUUCAUCCCGGCGGAUCUCCUGGACGAGAACGGCUGGGUGACCGUAGACAAAGAGCUUCGAGUCAAGAGACGACGCGGAUCGGCACCUCGAUUGCCAAUUUUCGCAGCGGGCGAUAUCACCAACAACUCAAUGCGGUUGUCCUUCAAAGCACAGGAGCAGGCAGCGGUUGUUGCUGCUAAUCUGAAAGCGGAAAUUGUUGGCCAAGGGAAAAGCAAAUCAUACAAUCAAGGCGAUAAGACUAUGAUGGUGGUGCCGGUCGGUUCGACAGGCGGUACCGGGUUGAUCAUGGGCUGGACGCCUUGGAGCGCAAUGGUUAAGAUGGUCAAGGGAAAGGACUUCCUAAUUUCCAAGGCCCAUUCGGCAGUUUCUGCGAAGUGA